UUGACUCUGUCGAGUCAGUCUUCACACGAACCCCCAACGACAGUCUGAGACAUUUCCACGUAUUCCUACAAUUCUGCACCGACUUUACCUCGAUAUAAUUAAGGAUUGAAUUAUUUCCUAUUUAAUUGACUCGUUAAAUCAACAAUGCAAUUCGCCACCGGAAUUUUCCUCCUGUUUUGUGUGAUGACGUACGGUGCUGAAUUACCCUCGAGUUUCAAAAUUUGCAAGAAGAAUGAGCCGAAACUGGAGGAGUGCUUUGCCGAAGCUGCCAAGCAGGCGAUCGGUUUGCUGGCAUCCGGGUUGAAAAGUCUGAAAGUACUGCCCAUCGACCCCCUGUCAGUCGACUCAGUGUCCAUCGGCGAAGGGGGAGGAGCCGUUAACCUCAAGCAGAAGUACAAAAAUAUAAAACUUUAUGGACUCGCCAAGGGCCUCGAAAUCUCAGAUUAUAAGGUAGAUCUUGAGAAGCUCAUCUUCAAAUCAAUGUCCUUCAAUCCACAAGUGGAUUUUGUCGCCGAUUACGAGCUGGAUGGAAAAGUUCUGGUGCUGCCCAUUCGAGGUCACGGCCGGUCCAACAUUACCAUGCUGAACUUGAAGACUCAAAAUAUAUUCACUGGUGAGAAAUUCGAAAAGGACGGUGAGACUUACAUGAGAAUAACCAAGUACACCGUCAAAUUCAACCCGGAGAAGGUUCUCCUGAAAUUUGACAAUCUCUUCGACGGUGAUGAAGUUCUGAGCAAUCAGAUGAACACAUUCUUGAACGAGAACGCAGAUCUCCUCUUCAAAGAGCUCAAGGGCUCCUACGAGGAGACAUUCGGUCUCGUUUUCGCCCAAAUGGCUAACGAGAUAUUCACCCGAGUGCCUUUUAACAAAAUUCUCCCCUCGUCGUAGACCCCCACACUCCCCACAAUGUAAAUAUAAUAAAUUAAAUAAAUAACCUGCUUUCCCAACAAA